AUGGUUAUGAAAAUAGCUUCGGCUCAAUGUUGCUGUACUGUCGGCGCGGCCUGGGGUCCUGAAUGCGAGCUGUGUCCCGCUCACGGAACCGCCGAGAGAGCUGAACUCUGCACGGUCACCAACCUCGGCGGAGGCGGCGGCGGCGGCGGCAGCGGCGGCGGCGGCGGCGGUUUCGGCGGCGGCUUCGGCGGCGGCAGCGACCACAAAAUCGGAGGCGGACACGGCGGAGGAGUCAUCGGAGGGGACGGCAGGUUCCCGGACAUAUUCGGAGACGUCGACGAGUGUGCGGCCAUGCCUGGACUUUGCGCUCCGGGCAGAUGUGUGAACACUAUUGGCAGUUUCCGCUGCGUAUGCGGCCGCGGCUACAAAUCAGCGGGCGAUGUUUGCGUGGACGUGGACGAGUGCGCACAGCGACCCAAGCCGUGCGCACAGGUGUGCCGCAACACCGAAGGCUCGUACGAGUGCGCCUGCCGCGCCGGCUACGAGCUCGACGACGACGCCGACUGCAAAGACGUGGACGAGUGUGCACGAGGCACGCAUACUUGUCAGCAGACCUGCACUAAUACCGAUGGGUCUUAUGAGUGCUCCUGCCAGGAGGGAUAUGAGAAGCGAGGAGAUGCCUGCGUAGAUGUGAACGAAUGCCACGAGGAGGGCAUAUGCCCGGCGCCGGGCAAGUGCGUGAACCUGCUGGGCUCGUACCGCUGCGUGUGCCCGCGCGGCUUCCGCCUGGACCUGGCCGGCGCGCGCUGCCUCGACCGCGACGAGUGCGAGGACGGCCGCUGCCAGUCGCCCUGCCGCAACUACGCCGGCGGCUACCGCUGCGAGUGCCCGGCCGGUGAGACUGGUUGCCUUACAGCUGCCCGGCCGCGACGAGUGCGAGGACGGCCGCUGCCAGUCGCCCUGCCGCAACUACGCCGGCGGCUACCGCUGCGAGUGCCCGGCCGGUGAGACUGGUUGCCUUACAGCUGCCCGGCCGCGACGAGUGCGAGGACGGCCGCUGCCAGUCGCCCUGCCGCAACUACGCCGGCGGCUACCGCUGCGAGUGCCCGGCCGGUGAGACUGGUUGCCU